AUGAAGCUCCUCUCCACCCUACUCGCAUCCACCUCCCUCGCCUCCGCCAUCAACAUCCCCAGCUUCCGCGAUCUAGUCAACACAGUCGAAGGACAACAUCCUUUCUCCAGUGCUGAACAAUACCUCAUCGAACUUUCCCCAUCCGAAACACGCUGGGUGACGGAGGACGAGAAAUGGGCCCUCCGACGCGAAGGCGUGAGAUUCUUCGACAUCACCGACCACCGCGCAUCUCCGUCUGAGGCUGUGAGGGCGACCCGUAAGCAAACCGUCACGUAUCCGAAGAAGCCGGCCCAGAAUGAGACGGUAUCGGAGCUGUUGAAAGAGCUCAAGAAAGAGAAUAUGAGGGAGCAUUUGGAGACCUUUACUUCUUUCCAUACGAGAUAUUACAAGUCGGAUUAUGGGAGGCAAUCGUCGGAGUGGUUGUUGAGACAGGUCAAUGAUACUCUUGCUGAGGCUGGUGUUGGUUUCGUGAAGCCUUUCAAGCACCCAUGGGGUAUGUGAUCGAUUAUCAUCAUGGACUUUGCGAAAUUGCAAGCUGCAGCUGUCUCCGGGCAUAAGCGAGAGACGAGCAAGUGAAGCGCCGCCUAACUUGGCUAACACGUUGACAGGUCAGAACUCCAUCAUCGCCACGUUGCCAGGAAAGUCGGAGAAGACUGUCGUUAUUGGUGCCCAUCAGGACAGCAUCAACCUGUUCCUGCCAUCGAUCCUUUCUGCCCCCGGUGCAGACGACGACGGCUCCGGCACAGUCACUAUUUUAGAAGCGCUUAGGGUGAUAUUGCAAGACAAGGACAUUGCUGAAGGCAAGGCCCAGAAUACUCUCGAGUUCCACUGGUACUCGGCCGAGGAGGGCGGUCUGCUGGGCUCGCAAGCCAUCUUCAACGCGUACGAGAAGGAGGGUCGGGAUGUCAAGGCAAUGCUGCAGCAAGACAUGACGGGAUACACGCACGGUACCUUGGAGGCAGGCGAGCAAGGUGAGAGGACCUGCCUCUGUGUCGUAUGUGCGUUGAGCUAAUCUCGUCCGCAGAGAGCGUUGGCGUCAUUACCGACUACGUCGACGCCGGCCUCACCGAGUUCAUCAAGGAGGUGGUGACGACGUACUGCACGAUCCCGUUCAUCGAGACCAAGUGCGGCUACGCCUGCUCAGACCACGCAUCCGCCAGCAAAGCUGGGUAUCCAUCGGCCUUUGUCAUUGAGUCGGACUUCAAGUAUUCGGAUAAGAAGAUCCACACGACCGAGGACAAAUUGGAGUAUCUUGACUUCAGCCACAUGCUUCAACACGCGAGGCUGACGCUGGGCCUCGCCUACGAGCUGGCAUUCGCGAAGUUCGACUAG